UUUAUUUUGAAUAUUUUUAUUAUAAAUGUAUUAAGUAAAAAUGUUUGUUUUAGCUGAAAUGAAAGAUGUUAUACGAGUUACUCCUGAAAAUUUUCAUCAAAGCCUAACUGAAUCAAUUACAACCUUAUUAAAUAGGAAACUUGCGAACAAGGUAGUUUUAAAUGUAGGUUUAUGCAUAGCAUUAUUUGAUAUUACAAAUAUUGGACAUUCAUAUAUUUUUCCCGGUGAUGGUUCAUCACAUACUGAAGUUAAGUUUAGAUAUAUAGUAUUUAGGCCAUUAGUGGAAGAAAUUCUAAUAGGAAAAAUUAGAAGUUGUAGUAGAGAAGGAGUUCAUGUUACUAUGGGUUUUUUUGACGAUAUUUUAAUACCAGUAAAUGCCCUUCAACAUCCAUCUAGAUUUGAUGAAACUGAUCAAGCUUGGGUGUGGGAGUAUCCUAAAGAAGAUGGUGAAAAACAUGAUUUAUUUAUGGAUUCAGGUGAAUCAAUAAGAUUUCGAGUCACAAGUGAGAUGUUUGAAGAAAGUUUGCCAAGUGGUCCACCUGGGGGUGAAUGCCCAGUACAAGCAAUUGCCCCAUAUAGACUUUUAGGUGGAAUUAAUGAACCUGGUCUAGGCUUAUUAACAUGGUGGGAGACACCUGAUCAAGAUGGAGAUGUAGAUGAAAAUGAUGAACUAGAUAAUGAUGAAUAAAUUGUUUUUAGAU